AUGUCCAGCAACAGCUUCGCUUACAAUGACCAGUCUGGAGGUGGGGAGGCGACGGAGCUGGGUCAGGAGGCCACCUCAACCAUUUCCUCCUCGGGCACCUUUGGCCUUUUCAGCAGCGACUUGAAGAAGAACAGGGACCUCUCAAGAGUACUGAAGAGCAACAGUGUCAGGCUGGAGACUAAGAAAAGAUUGAUAGGAAUGAUUGCGAAAGGGAAGAAUGCGUCAGAACUGUUUCCUGCUGUUGUGAAGAAUGUGGCCAGUAAAAACAUUGAGAUCAAGAAGUUGGUGUAUGUCUACCUGGUGCGAUAUGCUGAAGAACAACAGGACCUGGCGCUCUUGUCCAUAAGUACUUUUCAGCGAGCCCUGAAGGAUCCAAACCAACUGAUACGUGCGAGUGCUUUGAGAGUUCUAUCCAGUAUUAGAGUGCCAAUUAUUGUACCUAUCAUGAUGCUUGCUAUUAAGGAAGCUUCUGCUGACUUGUCACCAUAUGUUAGGAAGAAUGCAGCCCAUGCAAUACAAAAAUUAUACAGCCUUGAUCCAGAGCAGAAGGAAAUGUUAAUUGAAGUAAUUGAAAAACUUCUUAAAGAUAAAAGCACGCUGGUAGCUGGCAGUGUUGUGAUGGCUUUUGAAGAAGUAUGUCCCGAUAGAAUAGAUCUGAUUCACAAGAAUUAUCGCAAAUUAUGUAAUUUGCUAGUGGAUGUAGAAGAGUGGGGCCAGGUUGUCAUAAUCCACAUGCUAACUCGAUAUGCUCGUACACAAUUUGUCAGUCCUUGGAAAGAGGAUGGUGGUCUAGAAGACAAUGAGAAGAAUUUCUAUGAAUCUGAGGAUGAGCAGAAGGAAAAGACUGAUUCAAAAAAGAAGCCUUAUUCUAUGGACCCAGACCACAGACUCUUAAUUCGGAACACAAAGCCUUUGCUUCAGAGCAGGAAUGCAGCGGUGGUUAUGGCAGUUGCUCAACUCUAUUGGCACAUUUCACCAAAAGCUGAAGCUGGCAUUAUUUCAAAGUCACUUGUGCGUUUACUUCGUAGCAAUAGGGAGGUGCAGUAUAUUGUCCUACAGAAUAUAGCAACUAUGUCAAUUCAAAGAAAGGGAAUGUUUGAACCUUAUCUGAAGAGUUUUUAUGUUAGAUCAACUGAUCCAACUAUGAUCAAGACACUGAAGCUUGAAAUUCUGACAAAUUUAGCAAAUGAAGCAAAUAUAUCAACUCUUCUUCGAGAAUUUCAGACAUAUGUGAAAAGCCAAGAUAAACAAUUUGCAGCAGCCACUAUACAGACUAUAGGCAGGUGUGCCACCAACAUCUCAGAAGUCACUGACACAUGCCUCAGUGGCCUAGUGUGUCUGCUGUCCAACAGGGAUGAAAUAGUUGUUGCUGAAAGUGUUGUUGUCAUUAAGAAAUUACUGCAGAUGCAACCUGCACAGCAUGGUGAAAUCAUUAAGCACAUGGCCAAACUCUUGGACAGCAUCACUGUUCCGGUGGCUCGAGCAAGUAUUCUUUGGCUAAUAGGAGAAAACUGUGAAAGAGUUCCUAAAAUUGCCCCUGAUGUUCUAAGAAAGAUGGCUAAAAGCUUCACUAGUGAAGAUGACCUGGUGAAAUUGCAGAUCGUAAAUUUGGGAGCAAAAUUGUAUUUAACCAACUCUAAACAGACAAAAUUGCUUACCCAGUACAUAUUAAAUCUCGGCAAGUAUGAUCAAAACUACGACAUCAGAGACCGUACAAGAUUUAUUAGGCAGCUUAUUGUUCCGAAUGAGAAGAGUGGAGCUUUAAGUAAAUAUGCCAAAAAAAUAUUCUUAGCACAAAAACCUGCUCCGUUACUUGAGUCUCCUUUUAAAGACAGGGAUCAUUUCCAGCUUGGCACCUUGUCUCAUACUCUCAAUACCAAAGCUACUGGGUACUUGGAAUUAUCUAAUUGGCCAGAGGUGGCGCCCGACCCAUCAGUUCGAAAUGUAGAAGUGAUAGAGUUGGCCAAAGAAUGGACACCAGCAGGAAAAACAAAGAAAGAGAAUCCUGGUAAAAAAUUUUAUUCUGAGUCUGAAGAAGAAGACGGAUCUUCUGACAGCAGCAGUGACAGUGAGAGUGAGUCUGGAAGUAAAAGUGGAGAACAAGAUGAGGAAGAAGAUAGUAGUGAAGACAGCAGUGAAGACUCUUCCAGUGAGAGUGAGAGUGGCAGUGAAUCAGAAGAAAAUACAGGAGCACCCAAGAAGAACUCUAAAAAUAAAGAGAAAAGUGAUUCUGAAGGUGGAGUAAUGAAAAAGAAAGACUCUACACCUUCAGAUUCUUCCAAUGCUGAAUCGAGUUCAAUGGAGGAAAGUUCUUCAGGUUCUGAUUCAGAGUCAGAAUCCGAAAGUGAAGCUGACUCCAGGAAAGUCGUGAAGGAGAAAAGGAAAAAAACAACACAAGAAAGAAAUCCUGUUACCAAUGAUAUUUCACUUCUGGAUCUAGACGAUUUUCACCCAGUCUCCACUCCAGUUGCAUUUCCCACCCCUGCUCUUACUCCAAGCUUGAUAGCGGAUCUUGAAGGUCUAAACUUGUCAGCUUCUUCACAAGUCAUCAGUGUGAGUACUCCUGUCUUUGUGCCAAUGAAAACUCAUGUGCUGCUUCAUCGAAUGAGUGGAAAAGGACUGGCUGCCAAUUAUUACUUUCCAAGACAGCCUUGCAUUUUUGGUGAUAAGAUGGUCUCAGUACAAAUAAUAUUUAACAAUACUACUGAUCGGAAGAUAGAAAAUAUUCACAUAGGAGAGAAGAAACUUCCUGCAGGCAUGCAGAUUCAUGUUUUCAAUCCAAUAGAAUCUCUUGAACCUGAGGGAUCCAUUACUGUCUCAAUGGGUAUUGACUUCUGUGAUUCUACUCAGACUGCCUCUUUCCAGUUGUGUACCAAGGAUGAUUGCUUCAGUGUUAAUAUUCAGCCACCUGUUGGAGAACUACUUUUACCUGUGGUCAUGUCAGAGAAAGAUUUUAAGAAAGAGCAAGGUAUGCUAACAGGAAUGAAUGAAACAUCUACUGUAAUUAUUGCUGCACCACAAAAUUUCACCCCCCCUGUGAUCCUUCAGAAGAUUGUUAAUGUUGCCAACAUGGGUGUGGUUCCCUCUGGCCAGGAUAAUAUACACAGGUUUGCAGCUAAAACUGUGCACAGUGGGUCACUGAUGCUAGUCACAGUGGAACUGAAGGAAGGCCCCACAGCACAGCUUAUCAUAAACACUGAGAAAACCGUGAUUGGUUCUGUUCUGCUGCGGGAGCUGAAGCCUGUCCUGUCCCAGGGGUAA